AUGAUACACGUCAUGUUCAUUAAGAUGUUUGGGGCAGAGCCCCUCUCCUACACCCGCUUCAGCCUGGCCCGGCAGCCAGACGGGGACAGCAGCCACGUGGAGAUGAAGCUCUCCGCCGAGGAAGAGGAAGGCGGCGAAAACGGCGUGAUCGACCACCUUCCCCCCAGGAUCGGCAAGGCCCGAAGCCACCGGCACCUGUGCUGCGCCUGUGGAGGGGCGGCCCUGCUCUUCCUGAUAGGGUUUUUGUUUGGCUACAUAAGUUUCCGUGCCCGGAUGCCACAAGUGGCGACGUGCAGCAACGGGGCCAAGUCCUCGAGCGACGGGGUCUUCUAUUCGUCUGAAUACUCUGAAACCAGCAACAACGCCCCAUCCGAUCCAGUGCUGUACUGGGGUGACUUGAAGACAUUGUUGACCGGUCGGCUCGCCAAGGCAAGAUUCCAAGACAAGAUCCGGUCAAUCUCCUCCGGCAAUCACGAAGCCGGCAGUAUACGGGAUGAGGUUCUGGCCAACGACAUCCACGAACAGUUUGAGUCAUACAAGUUGGACAAAGUCUGGGAUGAUGAGCAUUAUGUCCGUCUCCAAGCCAGUUCUUCAAAUGUCGUUUCUUUGGACGAUGCUAGAAACACAAUCCUGGACGCCUCCAGUGCUUUUGUAGCCUACAGCAAAAACGGGGAGGUUUCGGGCAAGCCGGUUUUUGCCAAUUAUGGCCUUAAGGAAGAUUUCAAAGCCCUCCUAGACAAAGGUAUCGUCGUGAAUGGCAUGGUGGUCGUUGUGAGAGCCGGCAGCAUCACUUUUGCCGAGAAGGUUGCCAACGCCGAGGCACGGGGCGCUGUAGGCGUGUUAAUCUACCCAGAUCCUUUGGACUACAAGAACCUUGGCGAAACGGUGGCCCUGUUUGGACACGCUCAUCUCGGUACUGGAGACCCUUACACCCCUGGAUUUCCUUCCUUCAACCACACUCAGUUCCCCCCCAUUCAGUCUUCGGCCCUGCCCGGCAUCCCCGUCGCGAGUAUUUCACGCUCAGGCGCACAACAAUUAAUCAGCGUCCUGGAUGGGUCAGACUGUCCAACCCCCUGGCAAAGAACAAUCUUUCGCAAGUGUGCGACCUCUCUGUCGGGAACGAACGUGCGCCUGAGAAUCAGCAACCUCCUGGUCGAGAAAAAAAUCCUGAACAUUUUUGGCGUCGUUAAAGGUUUUGUGGAACCAGACCGCUAUGUCGUGAUCGGAGCUCAGCGCGAUGCCUGGAAAACCGGAACGGUGAAAGCCGCAGUCGGGACGGCCCUGUUGCUGGAGCUGGCCCACACCCUCUCCGAGAUGGUCAAAACCGACGGCUACAAACCUCACAGAAGCAUCAUCUUUGCCAGUUGGAGUGCCGGCGAAUUCGGAGCUGUUGGUGCCACAGAGUGGCUGGAGGGCUACGCCGCUUCGCUGCACCUGAAGGCGUUUGCUUACAUCAAUCUGGACGCGGCCGUUUCAGGGUCCAAGGCGUUCCGCUUCUCUUCCAGCCCCUUGUUGAAAAAGCUCCUGGAGGAAGCCGUCACAGAGUGUUUCUCUUUCUCGCCCCCUUCUUCUCUCUCCCCCCCCCCAAAAUCCAGAGUUCCAUUUCGUGUAGAUGACGCAGCCAGAGCAUUCAUCGCAUGUUCAGGAAUCCCAGCCAUCUCCUUCAGCAUCAACAACGGCGUGGACACCUACCCCUACCCCUACUUCGGCACAGCCGAAGACAAUCCAGACAACCUGCUCUCGGCCUUCGGCAACAGCGUCAACCUGAUGGAAAACGCCGUCCGCCUGGCUGCCGAAAUCGCCGGCCGGAUGGCCCUCCGCUUGACCCACGACCGGGAACUCUACCUGGACUACAAGAGCUACGACAGCCGGCUGCACAGUUUUGUGGCCAAACUGCUCCCUUACCAGAAGGAGAUGAAGAAACUGGGUUUGGACAUUCAGUGGCUCUUUCAGGCCCGUGGAGAUUUUACUCGCGCCACAACUGCUCUGACCCAGGAUGUGAAAAACACAGACCUUGACAACCGGGAUGCGUCCCGUCUCCUGAACGACCGGCUUAUGAAAGUGGAGUACCAGUUCCUCUCCCCUUACGUCUCCCCCAAGGAUACCCCUUUCCGCCACAUCUUCCUGGGCUACGGGUCCCACACCGUCCAGGCCCUGCUAGAACACGUCAGCUUCCUCAAGACCAACGCGAGCGCUUUCGACGAAGACCUCUUCAGGAACCAACUUGCCUUCGUGACGUGGACCAUCCAAGGAGCAGCGAACGCCCUCUCGGGCGACGUUUGGGACAUCGACAACGACUUCUGAACACCUUGAUUUCCCCGCCUCCCAAAGACUGCCCACCGAUCUCUCCCCUCCUCGCCCUCUUUUGCCCAACCCGUUGCACCCUGAACACCUACCUCCCCUUUAUCUUUUCAGCAGAUUUU